AUGGGUAGAGUUAUUCGCAACCAGCGCAAGGGCCGUGGCUCCAUCUUCACGGCCAACACGCGCCUGAACAAGAACCCCGCCAAGUUCCGCACUCUCGACUAUGCUGAGCGCCACGGCUACGUCCGCGGUGUAGUUCGCGACAUCAUCCACGAUGCUGGUCGCGGUGCUCCCCUCGCCAAGGUCGUCUUCCGUCACCCGUACAAGUACAAGCAGGUCGCCGAGACUUUCAUCGCCAAUGAGGGCAUGUACACUGGCCAGUUCAUCUACGCCGGCAAGAAGGCCGCCCUUACCGUCGGCAACGUUCUUCCUCUCGGCGAGAUGCCUGAGGGUACCGUCGUCUCCAACGUCGAGGAGAAGAUUGGUGACCGUGGUACUCUCGGUCGCACGUCCGGUGGCUACAUCACCGUUGUUGGCCACAACCCCGACGAGGGCAAGACCCGCAUCAAGCUGCCCUCCGGUGCCAAGAAGGUCGUCCACUCCAGCUCCCGUGGCAUGAUUGGUAUCGUCGCUGGUGGUGGCCGUACCGACAAGCCCCUCCUCAAGGCUUCGCGCGCCAAGCACAAGUUCGCCGUUAAGCGCAACAGCUGGCCCAAGACUCGUGGUGUUGCCAUGAACCCCGUCGACCAUCCUCACGGUGGUGGUAACCACCAACAUAUUGGUAAGGCUUCUACCAUCUCCCGAUACGCCGCCCAGGGUCAAAAGGCUGGUCUUAUUGCCGCCCGCAGAACAGGUCUGCUGCGCGGUACCCAGAAGACGAAGGAGUAA